AGACAAAAAUAAAACAAAAACGGCAAAACAUUUUAUAAUUUCUAGACACAUAAUAAAAACACAAACUUUAUGCAGAAACUACUAAUCAAGAAUCAUAAAAUUCUGAAACCUCUCUCUGUUUCUGUCUCUCUCAGUUAUGAAACUAAUAAUACAUCAAGUCUUCAUCUUUUGGUUCUUCUUACCAUUCUUUGCAAUCUCCAGUGAUCAUGGUGAUUAUAAAAAUCUCAUCUUUAAAGGUUGCGCGAACCAGAGGUAUCCAGACCCAACUGGUGUAUUCUCUCAGAAUCUCAAAAGCUUGUUCGCUUCUUUAGUUUCUCAGUCAGCACAGAGCUCUUUUGCGUCCACAACCUCCGGAACUGAUAACGCCACCGCCGUGAUCGAUGUUUUUCAGUGCCGCGGCGAUCUCCACGCUCCUCAGUGCUCAGAUUGCGUAUCUAAAAUCCCUAAACUCGUAUCUAAACUCUGCGGCGGCGGCGGAGACGACGGUAAUGUGGUGGUGGCUGCUCGUGUUCAGCUCGCCGGGUGUUAUAUCCGGUACGAAAUCUCGGGGUUCCGACAGACUUCCGGUACUGAGAUGCUGUUCCGUCUCUGCGGGAAAAAACAGAGCAGUGAUCCUGGGUUCUCCGGGAAGAGAGAUACGGCGUUUGGUAUGGCGGAGAACGGUGUGAAAACCGGUGGGAUCAGCGGUAGCGGUGGCGGCAGCGGAGGAGGGUUUUACGCGGGGCAGUAUGAGUCGGUGUACGUGUUGGGACAGUGUGAGGGUAGUUUGGGAAAUUCAGAUUGUGGUGAAUGCGUGAAAGAUGGAUUUGAGAAAGCAAAAAGCGAGUGUGGCAAUUCGAACUCGGGACAAGUUUAUCUUCACAAGUGCUUCGUUAGCUAUAGUUACUACUCUCAGGGUCAGGGUGUUCCAAACAUAGAACCACUCUCAGGUGGAGAGAAGAGACAACACACAGAAAGGACGAUAGCUUUGGCGGUGGGAGGAGUUUUUGUUUUAGGGUUUAUCAUUGUUUGUUUGUUGGUUUUGAGAUCUGCCAUGAAGAAGAAGACUAGUAAAUAUGAUGCUUACUGAUUUUUCUUUUACUCAUCUACCCCAAAACAUUCAACAAAAUUUUAUAAGGUUACUUAGAAAAAUGAUUAGUAGCUU